AUGGAUGUCGAAAAGGGAAAGCCUUAUUUUCCUUUGGCUGGUGCUAGCCAAGAUGGCUGGUCUGAUGAGGACAGAGCUACAGCCACAUGCUUCUGUGGUGCUGUACAGUUGAGUUUUCCGGUCCAAGGCCCAGGUCUAGUCGAUUCCUUCAUUUGCAAUUGCACAGACUGUCGCAAAAUAACCGCGUCCAUGUUCGCCUCAAACUUCACGGUCGAUGAUACGUAUCUCAUUCACGAGCGCGGCCGGGAAAAUCUAUCAACUUAUAGCCAGUCCAAGACUAUAGGUACAGGAAACAACAUGACCAACUACUUCUGCUCUACAUGUGGCUCACUCAUGUACCGCGUUGGUACGGGCUUUCCCGGCAUGAGUAUCCUGCGCAUCGGUACUGUCGAUGAUUUCAGUCUACAUGAAACUAAAUUGAAGCCUCGUAUCGAACAGUUUGUCAAGGAUCGUGUGGCAUGGCUAUGUGGGGCGAAGGGAGUCGAGCAAGUUCAUGGCUCUGCUUACGCGUGA